AUGGCCCUCCGCACUCUCGGAGCCAAAGCAGCCGCAGCGCUCGACCAAGAACUCAUGAGCAGCGGCGCCUUCUCCCUCGACCAACUCAUGGAGCUAGCCGGCCUCUCCGUCUCCCAAGCCCUCUUCAAACUCCAACCUCCCUCACGCGGCAACCGCAUCUUGAUUGCCGUAGGCCCUGGCAACAAUGGCGGUGAUGGAUUGGUAGCUGCCAGACAUUUGUGGCACUAUGGCUACAAACCCACCGUAUACUAUCCCAAACGGCCCAAGAAUGAGUUGUAUCAGCGCCUCACAACCCAACUCCAAGACCUCAAUGUGCCAUUUACUUCCGACUUCCACUCCUCCCUCUCCCAGACCGACUACAUCAUCGACUCAAUCUUCGGCUUCUCCUUCUCGGGCGAAGUCCGCGAACCAUUCCCUUCCGUCAUCUCCGCCCUCGCCACCACAAAGAUUCCAGUCCUUGCUGUCGACGCACCGAGUAGUUGGAACAUAGAAACAGGACCUCCAGACCAAGGGCCAGGAAAAGAAUACAAUCCUGAUGCGUUGAUCAGUUUGACGGCACCGAAACCGUUGGUAAAGUGGUUUGAAGGUAAGCAUUUUGUGGGUGGGAGGUUUUUGACAAAGGACAUGGCGGAGAAGUAUCAGUUGGAUGUUCCGCCGUAUGAGGGCAUUGAUCAGGUUGUUGAGGUGCCGGUCAGGUGA